ACUGCUGUACAAUGUGUAUUUGUUUGUCUGUUCGCUCAAUAAAAUAAAAAAAACGGAAAAACGUUGGCUUUGCGUUCUCUAUUCGUUAUUAAAAUGCAUAUACUAUCUAAAACCACAGCAAUUUGAUAUAUGAAACAAGCAUUCUCUUUUCGGAUCACGCUAUGGAAGCCGAAAUAUUAGAGUGAACGGAGGUGAUCGGUCAGAAAAGCAUGCCCAUGUCCCUGCAGGCAGCUGCAGCCCCGGCCCCGGCCCUGGCUCCAGCUCCAGCUGCCAGUGCCACGGCCGGCAACCAACUGCUGCGCCCCCAAACGCUGGCCGGGCCCGAGCGUGAGCCCAUCGAGUUCAACAUCAAUCUGGUGGGCGCACCGCCUGAGGUGGAGCAGCUGGUGCAGCAGAUCAAGAGCGUCGCCGAGCAGUUCCUUUAUCAUUGGAAGAGUUUUCCCAUCGUUCUGCCUCAAGCAUUGGCCAGCAGUGGCCUGAAUCUGACGGCCAGUAAUGCGACGAACAGUGUCAGCAGUCGCAAAGCGCGUCCCAUUAAUCUGCGUGACCUAUUUAUAGCGCCUCCCUUCGACGAACUGGAUGCAGUGGCAUCCGAUGGUAGCGGCGAGCCGCGCCGCCUCACAAGCGCCCAAUUGAAAACGCUGCGGGAAACUGGCUUGCAAAAGGAUAAAUAUGGAAAGCCGAAGAAAUUAACUUUGGAACAAUUGGAAACAAUACGUAAAAAUGGCGAAUUCGAUGUGCCGAGCUUGCAUUUUCCGGGUCAGGUGCACAAGUGGCGUCUGUCGCAGCUGCUGCUGAAGGGCCGACUGCGUGCCCACGAUUCCUUUCUGAGUGAUCUGGCCCUGGCGGCCCGCUUUGUGGUGGUCACUGCACGGUCGCGUAUCUUCUCGCACUUCUUUUCGGUUGUGCAUGCAGUGCAUGGCUUGAUCGGGGCAUUCACCAAGCUGGCAGAUAUGUUUAUUGGCGUACCCGCAUUGCUGGCCCACAAUCUCGACUACAAGAUCAAGGAGGAGAGGUGUCGUUUCCUUAUAGCCGAACUGGUUUGCCGGCCCGAGUUCGAGGACUGCCUGGAUGGCCUGUGCUCUUAUGUUCGUAAAAUGCUGCGCCGUGCCACCAUGGAAAAGUUCGAUUUCAAUAGCUGUGAGGUCAGCCAGCCCGUGCCCUAUUUGUUCCUCACGCCCAAGGGACAGGAAAUCGAUUUGCGUCUGUUCUGUCGCGACAUCAUGCGCAAGGCUUUGCCCAUCCUAAUUGGCAUUUUGGAGAGGGAGACGCGUGGCUGGUUUUUGCAUUUCCGUGAGCGUCUGAUUGCCGAGCUGAGGGCCAAGAAGCUCAACGAUAAGGAGAUCGAAGAGGAGGUUAACGAGGCCGUGAUGAAGGAGUAUUUGCAGCGCGUCUACAGCUCCAUUGUGGGCAAUGCCAAGUUGGCCGAGCUGGGUACCGGCGUGCCCGAGCUGCUCGUCCAGCAGGCCCAGUCCGUGGUGAUCAUGUACAAGGCUGUGGACAAGGUGCAGCAGGACAUCAAGCGCACGCGCGAGGAUCACCAAAAGUGUCUGUCCAACGAUCACUCUGUGUUGUCGCGCGUAGCGCCCUGGCUGCGCUCCAAGCUCCGAAAUGCCGAGGAGAACCGACUGUACAAGUGCGCCUGGUCGGCCCAUGAAGAGGCGCUGAAGAUGUGCACCCAGCACCAGCUCCAUCAGACCGCCUACUUCCUCUCCCGCGAUCUGGCCUUCAUGAAGGAGCGUGAGCCAGUGCUGCUGAAGGAGCUGAAGAACGCCAAGACGCCCACUCGCAGCUUUCAGUGGGCCUGUCGCAUUUGGUCGCCGCAAUCGUGGAUCAUUCGCCGCAAUUUCCAGGGCCAGUCUGAUGUGAUACCCACUGUCAUCAGCCAGCAUGCCACUUCUAUUGUGACGCCACGUUCCGACCCCAGCCAGCCCGUGUUCCUCGUCGAAAAAGAGAUCAUACGCACCACGAGCACGCGCUGGCCCUUCUGGCGACUGCUGAACAUGCUGCAGAGAAUAUGGUGCUGGUCCUGGAACAUGAUGUUCCUUCUCGGCAUACUCGUCCCAUGGUGUAGUCCUCUGGGACUGCGCGCUCUCUGUUAUGUGAAACCCUUCAUGCCGGACCUGGAACUGUCACAGAUCAAUGGAACGCUGUUUCCGCGAAAGACGAGCAUCACACAGACCAUGGCCUCGCGUCUCAUUGAGCUCUGGCGGCACAUAUCAAAAUCACGCACGCAUUUCGAGACGGAACCCGAUACGGGAUUUAUUGGCAAGGGAUUGACGCGUAAUCUAAAUCGCACAUGGAAUUACUUCGUGAAGGGUUUCCUGGGGACCGUUAUCAUUCUGUUCGCAUUUCCAUUGAUCUGUCUGGCCACCAGUUUGCUGAGCAUUGGCCUGGCUAUCACUGCCCCGCUGUGGAUACCCGUCUUUGUGCUGCUGUUGCACAUUUAUAUGAUACUCAUUUAUGAUCUGGAUGCGCCGGAUAAUACGAAGAAUCGUUAUUGCAUUUUACUGGAGGCCAUUGUUUGGAAUCUACUAAUACAGGGACUGUUGCAGCCGGUGGCGGCGGUUCUGGUCGCCACACUCAUCUGUCCCUUGGCAGCAGGGAUUGUCUUUAUAGUUGGUGUCAUUCGGUAUACACUGCGGCUUGUCUGGGACUCGCUCACCUACCAUCUUUUCAUCAAGAAAUGCGGACGCGUGCCUGCCUCUGAUAGCAUUGCAGUGAAACGGAUUGCUGGACCUGGUUUGGCCCUGGACUACUACUUUAUAAUCAGACCAGAGCAGGCCCUGGCCGCGCUAGAGGCUAAAAUGGAACUGGACGAAUUGCAGGCAUAUCAACAUGCCACCGAACGGGUGGUUCUGCAGCCACAGCAGGAUUUCCUGCAGUUUGUCGAGGCCUGCUUUGGACCCUUCUCCGCUCAAAUCAGCAAGAUUGGUCCGUACUUGUCGCUUGAUCGAGAGGCGCAGGAUUUGAUGAGCACGCUGCACGAGAAGCUGGAGAAACGGCGACGUGAACUGCAAACGGCACUGACCACUCAGGUCAAGUCGCGCAUUAAGCUGAAUACCAAAGAAUUGAAGAUUGCAAUACAAUUGGCCGCCCAUAUAUUAGAGAAGUAUUAUCCGUCUCAUGUCAUCGGCAGACUGUCGAUUACCGAAGAAGAAUUUUGGGAUAACAAGGGUCUCACGGUUAACGACUGGCCGGGUUUGGCUGGUCUUAUAUACACCGACAUAUUUAGUUUAGAUUUUCUAACGCCAUUGACUGAACACGAUACCCAUUUUAAGCUAGAACCACAUGCCUCACUCGAUCUGAUGCGCUAUACGGAGAUGGUGAAGAAUGCCAAUGAUGUGAUCGGCUCCAAAGGGCUGGACCUGCUGGGCAAUGUGUAUGCCCCGCGCGGCAAUGUGCAGGUACAUCUGCCUUUUCUUGAGGUGACCGCUUUUAAUCCGCGCUCCCGCAUAACGCUCACUUUCCGCAAGCCCGAGAAGCGGGACAUGUCUGUGGGUCUGACCACGCCGCGAGUACGCGCCCAUCGGGCCCAACAUAUACCGAAAGCGGGGCAGGAUGGCCAGAAGCCCUGGAGACCAUGGAAGCAGCAGUGCGGUGACAAGAGUGUGACGGAAAAUCUGCUCAUACCUCUGCCAGUGCCGCAUCCCGUGCACAUUGCCAUAGCUAUUUUCAAUCGCGACACGGAACAGCCCAUUCCUUUGGACUCGGAGCUGGUCUGGGAGAUACUGAAAUCAAUUGAGGAUUGCCAAGGCGGCGAUGCAAUGGCUGUCCAGUCUGUGGCGCGUUAUCGUGGAGCGGUGAUCGAGUCCAGCAAUGAUUCGCUGGACAGCAGCAGCAGCAUUGGCAGCACCAGGGACUCUGGCUCUGGUUCAGUCUCUGGCUCCGCUCUGGGUAAUGGCACCGAAACUCUGCCUUGUGGCAAUCGUGAGGUGUGUACGCAGGUCAAAGUGGACGCUGAACCACCAUCGGGCUCCUCCGGCUUCCAUUGGACCCUAAGUAAUUGGGGAGCUGCACAGACCGCCCGUCGUCGUACCAACUCAAAUGUGCGCGUAGAUUUGGCCAGUCCCGAGGAUAUAUCACUGGACACGGACAGUUCGCGGGCUGUGUUUAACAAUGCCUAUGGCACAACUGUCUAACAGGCCCCACUGUCUCUCUGGUUCGGGGGCACACAAGUAUAUAUCUAACCCAUAUAUACCCAUAGAGAUAUGCGUGGCUGCUCGCUUUUAAAUGAAGAUAUGCAUAAUCCUGUUUUUAUCUCGAUUAUUGUUUUAAGAGUUGUCUUUUAUGUCCCUGUAUCCCUCUAUGAAACCGCUUUAAAAGUUUGCAAACUGUCCAAGCUUCUUUGGAGGACUCACUCACUCCCCUUUUCAUUGUAGAAUCACCAAAAGCAGCCGCGCUAGUUAACGUGUAAUAUGAACAAAUUUAUCCCAUAUAUAUAUAUCUAUAUUUACAUACAUAUGCGUAUAUGAUAUACAUAUAUGAUUUGUUAGUAUAUAUACUAAAUAUAUAAAGUAUCUACACUGCAUACACAACUCGAAAGCAAAGCAGCAGAAAACUUCAAUCUAGUCGCAAGCUAAUUUUAUGCAGCAAUUUAACUCGAAUUCUUCUUAUGCAAAACUACUAAACAAAUACCAAAACACAAACGCAGCCCCAUGACAACGUUUUUUACCUAUUGUUUUCCAUACCACGAAAUAGUUAUUAAUUAUAUAUACAACAAAUAUGCCAUGAGAUUUUUUCUUUGUACCUCUAACGAUACAAAAACGAAUAUUAAUUUUAAACCGAACCGCAAGAGAAACUAAUUUGUAUUAUAAUGCCUCGAAUUGUACUAAGAGCAGUUGAACAAAUAUUGUUAAUUAAUAACUAAUUUAUUUAUAGAAAAACACACACACACACUCUGAUUACUAAAUACCUACAUAUGUAUAUGUUUUAACUUCUCCAAUAAUUUUUCUUCCAACCAAACUACAUUUAUGGAAAUUAUUAAUGAUGUUCAACAAAAGGCAGCGUAAAGUAAUGAUAAAUAGGAAAAGAAGGAUAAACAUUUUUACAUUUAUAUAUACAAUAUACAUAUAUAUAGUAGAUAUAUUAUAUUCAGGAGGUUAUCGUAAAUUAAAAAACUGUUGAGGCGUUUUUUGUAUCUGCCAUUUUCCAAACCCAAAUCGAAUUCCAAUCUGACUCCCUCCCCAGAGCAAGAUGCCCUCCAAGUAUUUCGCAGACACUAACCACUAUUUUUAACUGCCACAAAUUCAAGUAUUAAUAUUGUUUCCUGAUUACGUAUUUCGCACUCGAAAACCCAUCCGAAUUUCGUCAUCGUUCCGGCAGCUUUCUUCCAAUGUUUAUAUGUUUAGAUCUUUUAACUGAUUUUGUACAACGUUUUUUAUAUUUAUUCUAAUUUGGAACAAUGAAAGGCAAUGCAAACCAACCAACCAAUGGAAUGAAUCUUUACAUAAAAAUAUACAAAACAUUUACAUCAAAUACGUAGAUAUACAAAUUAAACAAAAGCAAAAGCAAAAACCAAGCAAAUUAAAACCGAGAACGGCAAAGCUCAUAAAGAUGCAUUAAACAAUUUUAUGUAAAACGUUUAAACAAAAAACCAGAUGUAACAAUAAACUAUGAAUGAAUGAUGUGUGCCGGAAGCUUUUCAAGUGUCCUCAAGUCGUAAAUGAAUAUUCAAUUAUUCGUUUACAACCUUCGACCCUUGAAAAGCUGCUCGCAAACUUGUAGUGUAAUAUGUAAUAAUAAAAAUGUUGGCUAAAAAUAAUCAAA